AUAUAUAUUUUAACUUUGUUAAACAAAAUGGGAGUUUAGUUGAAAAGCCAAGUCUUAUUUGCGUCCCCAGGAGCCACAUAAAAGCUGUUAAAUUUAAUACUUGAGUAUAGUUCAUCUAUAGAAUAGUAGCAAAUCUUGACAGUAGAGAUCAUAUGCCCUAUAUAAGUAGCCCUCCAGGCUUGAUGAUCUUAUCCGUAACACUGUCCUUGGAACUUAGACAUUUUCUGAAUGAUUAAUUUAAGAUCAAACUAGAACAAAUAGAAACAUAUACAGUAAAUGGACAAACCUUGGUUGAAAAAAGAAUAAAUUGAUGGAAAUAAAAUACAGGUUCCUGUAAAAUGUUAUUUCCAAAAGUUCCAUCAUUUAUGACACAUACACAGCUUAGAAGCCAACUUCAACAGAUAAACAAUAUCUUUAAUUGUAGCGUUAAUAUUGUUCCACAUAAUGGUCGGACAUAUACAACUUCCAAUCAGGCACAACCAAUUUCAUUUGUUCCAAACAGUGUUCCCCCUUCUGAAAAUGAAUUGGCAGAGUUACAAGAUCUCAUCCGGAAAAGUAAACGUUUAUUGGUGUUAACUGGUGCAGGAUUAUCCACCGAGAGUGGAAUACCAGAUUACAGAUCGGAAGGUGUUGGACUCUAUGCUAGGAGUAAUAAUCGACCAGUCCAGUAUACAGACUUUUUAAACAAAGCUGAAAUAAGGCAAAGAUAUUGGGCAAGGAAUUUUGUUGGGUGGCCAAGAUUUUCGUCAUUUUCACCCAAUGUCAGUCAUCAUGUGUUAAAUGAAUGGGAACGUGUAGGAAAAGUACAUUGGCUAGUGACACAAAAUGUAGAUGCUCUGCAUUUUAAAGCGGGAAGUAAAAGGUUAACAGAGUUACAUGGAAGUGCACAUCGCGUAGAGUGUUUGUCGUGUGAAAAUAAAAUGAGUAGAAAUGAAAUGCAAGAAUUAAUUAUAUCCCAGAAUCAUGAAUGGCAUGCUUCAUCUAUAGAGAUGGCACCUGAUGGUGAUGUAACAUUAACUUGGGAACAAGUUGAAGGUUUUACUGUGCCGCCUUGUCAGAAAUGUGGUGGUAUUGUGAAACCUGAAAUUGUUUUCUUUGGUGCUAAUGUAAAGAAAAACAUUGUUAAUUUUGUUUAUGAACGAGUUGCUGAAAGUGAUGCUAUCUUGGUGGCUGGAUCAUCGUUAGAGGUUUAUUCAGGUUUUCGGUUUGUUAAUCGAGCUCACGAUCAGAAGAAACCAGUAGCCAUUGUCAGCAUUGGCAAAACAAGGGCAGAUAAAAUAGCUAAUAUUAAAAUUAACGCCAAGUGUGGGGAUGUGUUAUCUGCAAUAAGUAUAUGAAACCAUAAGAAAUAAAAGACUUAUAAUAUUGAAUUGUGAUACUGAAUAAGGAAAUGACCAUGGCAUAUCCAAAUCAAAUCUCAAAGAAGCAACGAAUCUCUGGGUUAUUAAUAAGUCAGUGAAAAAGCAGUAUUUCUUCUGCAGCUUCGAGUUUAUAGUUAAUUUACUGUAUUUAAAGCUGUGGAUUGUCAUUUUGAAUUCCUUGCGAAUUUCAAUAUUAUGUAAAUUGAAUCUUUAAAAGGAAUAUCGGUUUAAUUUCAUUUACCAUUUACAAAGAUAGGAUGAAUAGAAAAUUUCGCAAAAUCGGUUAUAUCUCAUCUCAACAUUGUAUCUAUCUGCUGAUCUAAAAUCUUAAAAGCAGACAUAUAUCCACUGUGAUAAAGAGAAAUCAAUACAUCAAAUUACCUUUUAUGAAAUGUUUUCAUUUUAAUGCAAGGGCUAUUAAGACAUUAUCUACGACAAAUUUCAUGUAAAUAUUUACAAAUAUACACGUUAUAUAAAAUUAUGUAUCAAUCUUUACAA